GGGGGCACAGGCAGGAGGGUUCUGCGAUUAUGAAGGUCAAGGUCAUCCCUGUGCUUGAGGACAACUACAUGUACCUAGUCAUUGAGGAGCACACGCGGGAGGCUGUGGCGGUGGAUGUCGCUGUGGCCAAGAGGUUGCUGGAGAUUGUGGGCCGGGAAGGAGUGUCGCUGACUGCGGUGCUGACUACCCACCACCACUGGGAUCAUGCGCAUGGAAAUGAGGAAUUGACACAGCUGCAGCCAGGCUUGGUGGUGAUGGGCGCAGAUGAGCGCAUCUCUGCACUGACUCGAAAGCUGGUACACGGUGAAGAGCUUCAGUUUGGGGCCAUACAUGUUCGAUGUCUGCUAACACCUGGCCACACCUCUGGUCACAUGAGCUAUUUCCUUUGGGAGGAUGAGUGUCUGGAUCCACCUGCCCUCUUCUCAGGGGAUGCACUGUCCGUGGCUGGCUGCAGCUGGCAUCUGGAGGGCAGCACCCAGCAAAUGUACCAGAGCCUUGCGGAGACAUUGGGCACCUUGCCCCCGCUGACGAAGGUAUUCUGUGGCCACGAGCACACACUAAGCAACCUUGAGUUUGCAUAUAAAGUGGAACCUUGCAGCGAUCACGUGAAAGCCAAGCUGUCCUGGGCCCGGCUGACCUGGGAUGUGCUGUUCUGCUAUGGAUCCUCCUGUGACCUGAUCCAAGCAGCCUGGUCUGCCAGAAAAAGUCCAGUUGUGAUGAAAGCCUGUGGUCAUUGCAGAAAAGGGAUGAGGAUGACAUUCCCACUGUACCCUCAACCCUGGGAGAGGAGUUCCUGUACAAUCCCUUCCUGAGAGUAGGAGAGGAGCCAGUGCAAGAGUUCACAGGUCGCACAGCUCCUGCUGAAGUGCUAGAGGUGCUCUGUGAGGAGCGAGCAGCCUUCCAGCAAGCUGCUGAGCCACUACAACUUCAGGCACCAGCUCUCUUUGCACUGCAGUGGGGGCUCCUGGGCAAACCAGAGCAGAAAUGAUCCACAAAGGGAGCCUGCUUGCCGCAUGUCCCUCUGGAUGACUGGGCUCCCUGGAACCCUCCUGAGACCUUGCCCAGCUGGCCACCCAGUCUUAGAGGAAAAGCAAGUGGUGUACUCUGUCUUAUGGGAGUACAGGCAAGACCUCUGUAGGGCUAUGUAUGCCAGAAGUCUGAACCCCAAAUAAAGCUCUGGAAGACUUUU